AUGGGUUCUUACGUGAACGAGGCUACUAGCCAUGCUUUGGAUAUUACGGUUCUGGGCUUGAACAGCGGAACGUCCAUGGAUGGUAUCGACUGUGCCCUUUGCCGCUUUCGCCAGGAGACUCCAGAAUCCCCUAUGCACUUUGAACUACUCAAAUAUGGCGAAAUUCCUCUUGAGCCCGUGAUCAAGAAGCGCGUGAUGAACAUGAUCCUGCAUAAUAAGACCUCCCCUUCCGAGCUAUCCGAAGUAAAUGUGAUCCUGGGUGAGACGUUUGCGUCGGCCGUUCACAAGUUCUGCGAAGACUACAAGGUGGACAUCAACUCGAUCGACGUCCUCGGAUCCCAUGGCCAAACCAUUUGGCUCCUCUCCAUGCCAGAGGCUGGCGAGACCCGCAGCGCUCUGACAAUGGCGGAGGGUACAUUCCUCGCCUCGCGCACGGGCAUUACGUCGGUCACAGAUUUCCGGGUUAGUGACCAGGCUGCUGGUCGCCAGGGUGCACCCCUCAUUGCCUUCUUCGACGCAUUGGUACUACACCACCCGACCAAGCUCCGCGCAUGCCAGAACAUUGGCGGUAUUGCCAACGUCUGCUUUAUCUUGCCGGACAGCCACGGCGGCGUUGAUGAGAGCUACGAUUUCGACACCGGCCCAGGAAACGUUUUCAUCGAUGCCGUCGUCCGCCACUACACCAACGGCGAGCGCGAAUACGACCGUGAUGGAGAAAUGGGAGCCCGCGGUACCGUCGACCAGGAACUCGUGGACGACUUCCUGACACACCCUUACUUCGCGCUGGAACCGCCCAAGACUACGGGCCGUGAAGUAUUCCGCGACACCCUCGCCCACGACCUGAUCAUUAAGGCUGAAGCCAAGGGCCUCAAGCCUGAUGACGUUGUCGCCACCAUUACCCGCGUUACCGCCCAGGCUAUCGUCGAUCAUUACCGCCGCUAUGCGCCCGAGGGCCUUGAGAUCGCCGAGAUCUUCAUGUGCGGUGGUGGUGCGUACAACCCCAAUAUCACUGCGUUCAUUCAGAAGAACUACCCCAACACUCGCAUUAUGAUGCUCGACGAGGCGGGUAUCCCUGGUGGUGCUAAGGAGGCGAUUACUUUUGCUUGGCAGGGUAUGGAGGCUGUGGUUGGUCGAUCCAUUCCUGUCCCCACUCGUGUUGAGACUCGCCAAGAAUAUGUCCUCGGCAAGGUCUCUCCGGGCAAGAACUACCGCAAGGUUCUGCGCCAGGGCAUGUUGUUCGGCGCUGGUCGUGACCAUCUUGCUCCCGUCAAGGAACUUGUCAACUACGUCGAUGGCAAGGUCUUCAACAACAAGUGGUGA